GUACAUCCGCCCCUCCAUGCUCCAGCACCUCCUGCGCCGCCUGGUCUUCGACGUCCCCAUCCUCAACGAGUUCGCCAAGAUGCCCCUCAAGCUCCUGACCAAUCACUACGAGAGGUGCUGGAAGUACUACUGCCUGCCCAGCGGGUGGCCCAACCAAGGGGUCAGCUCCGAGGAGGAGCUGCAUCUCACCAGGAAGCUCUUCUGGGGCAUCUUCGAGUCCUUGGCCCACAAGAAGUUCGAGGCGGAGCUGUACCGCUUGGCCACGCCCUGUCUGUGCGCCAUCGCGGGGGCCCUGCCCCCCGACUACGUGGACGCCACCUUCUCCCCCCGAACCCAAAAAGCCGCCGCCGUCGACGCCGAAGGGAACUUCGACCCCAAACCCGUCGAGACCCUCAACGUCAUCAUCCCCGAGAAGCUGGACGGGUUCAUCAACAAAUACGCCGAGUUCACCCACGAGAAAUGGGCCUUCGACAAGAUCCAGAACAAUUGGUCCUUCGGGGAGACUCUGGAUGAAGAAGCCAAGACCCACCCCAUGCUCCGGCCCUACAAGACCUUCUCGGAGAAGGACAAGGAGAUCUACCGGUGGCCCAUCAAGGAGUCGCUGAAGGCCAUGUUGGCCUGGGAGUGGAUGGUGGAGAAGGCCCGCGAGGGGGAGGAGGACAAGGUGGAGAAGAAGAAGACCCGCAAGAUCUCCCAGUCUGCCCAGGCCACCUACGACCCUACCCACGGCUACAACCCCCAACCCGUGGACCUCUCGGGGGUCACCUUGUCCCGGGAGCUGCAGGCCAUGGCGGAGCAGUUGGCCGAGAACUAUCACAACACGUGGGGCCGCAAGAAGAAGCUGGAGCUGGAGGCCAAGG